AUGAUUAAUAUAUUCAAAAGAUCAAGUCAGAUCCUACCGAGGACUACACUAUUGCAUAAAAGAAACAUCGUCAUUAAUGCCGAUCUACGGUCAAAGCUAACCGACUCUCAAACUCAUCCGGUUGUGGUCAUUGGCGGUGGGCAUGCAGGGUGCGAAGCAGCUACAGGGUCUGCAAGAUCGGGGACCCCAACUACUUUAAUAACCCCUGAAAUUAGCAAAAUAGGGACAGCAUCGUGUAAUCCUUCAAUGGGAGGUGUUGGAAAGGGAACUUUAUUGCGUGAAGUCGAUGCCCUUGAUGGCGUUAGUGCUAGAAUCACCGACAAAGCAGGUAUACAUUUUCGAAUAUUGAAUGCUUCAAAGGGUCCUGCUGUCCAUGGACCGCGAGCACAAAUCGAUAGAAAGAUUUACUUGAAUGAAAUGCAAAGGGAAAUUUGUAAUUAUAAGAACUUGUCAAUUAUUGAAGCUCAAGUGAAGGAUAUAAUAAUAGAACCAGCAAGUUCUGAAGAUUAUAGUGGGCGAUUAUUUGGCACUGUGAAAGGUAUAAUUUUAGAGGAUGGCAGGAUAUUGAAAUGUGAAAAGGUUGUGGUUACCACGGGCACGUUUCUAGGCGGUGAAAUACAUAUUGGUCUAAAAGCAUUCCCUUCCGGAAGAAUGGGCGAAAAGGCAACGUUUGGAUUAUCAAAGACUUUCAGAGAAGCAGGGUUCAGAUUGGGAAGGCUAAAGACAGGAACGCCUGCUAGAUUGUCGGCCAAGACAAUUGAUUUCAGUACUUUGAUUGAACAACCAUCCGAUUUCCCACCCCAGCCCAUGUCGUAUUUGAAUGACAGCGUUGAUCUUGAGGAUAAAUUGGUCAAGUGUUACCAAACGCAAACAACUCCCGAAUUCCACAAGAUGAUUGCUGAUAACUUGGACAAAUCAAUCCACAUUAGGGAAACAGUCAAGGGCCCACGAUACUGCCCCAGUAUCGAGUCCAAAGUCAUUAAAUUCCCCCAAAAACAAUUUCACACCGUAUGGCUCGAACCUGAGGGACUUGAUACUGACUUCAUAUACCCCAAUGGAAUAUCCUGCACGAUGCCCGAGGAUAUCCAAGAACAAAUUGUCAAGAUGAUGCCUGGAUGUAAAAAUGUAAAAAUGGUGCAGCCAGGGUAUGGAGUCGAGUAUGAUUAUGUCGAUCCCAGGGAACUCGAGAUCACUCUUGAGACAAAAUUGGUCAAUGGAUUGUACUUGGCAGGUCAAAUUAAUGGAACUACCGGAUAUGAAGAAGCUGCUUCCCAAGGCUGUGUUGCUGGUAUAAAUGCCGGUCUUUCGUACUUGAAAAAGCCAUUGUUGGAAAUGAAACGAUCGGAUGGGUACAUUGGUGUAUUGAUUGACGAUUUGGUAACUAAAGGGGUUGAAGAACCAUACAGAAUGUUCACAUCGAGAUCUGAGUUUCGGGUAUCGAUUCGAUCUGAUAAUGCAGACAAGAGAUUAACUGAGUUAGGAUAUGGACUUGGAGUAGUUGGGAAAGACAGGUAUGAAUAUUUCAAAAACGAGAUUAAGCAAUUUAAUGAGAUAAAGAACCACUUGAAGGGUCUUCGUCUUUCAGGUAAAGCUUGGUCGCCUGCGUUAUCAGGAGCUGCCACCGACUUGAGAUCAAGUAACAAAGUUGAUGGCUGGAAGUUGUUGUCAUACAAGGGCGUCUCCAUCAAGGAUGUACUCCCUCAUAUGGAUAUAUUUACUGGAAGUCAUACCCCGUCAUUUUACAAUCACCUAACUAAUCGAUUAAUAAAUCGGAUCGAUGUUGAAAGUGACUACGAACCAUUCAUGUCGAAAGAAAAAGCUCAUUUAAGUGCUUAUGAAGCUGAUGAGAGUCUACUUUUACCCACUAAUUUCAACUAUACCAAUUCUGGCAAUUUGAAAAUUUCGUAUGAAGCUUGCUCCAUUUUAAACACUAUUCAACCAAAGACUAUUGGACAAGCACGUCGUAUUCAAGGUAUUACCCCUACUGCCAUUUUUGAACUUUUGAAGCUCGUGAGAGGCAAUCAAAAGCAAUAUGCCGCCUCUGCAGGGCAGUAG